AUGCCUUCCACCCUCCCCCGCCCUCAUCUUCUUCACGCUCAGUCUUUGCUUUUCUCGGAGCCCGUGGUGCUCAGAGGAGGGGCGGUUUUCCUCGAGUCGCCCCAACUUGGGUUACAGAGCUCCCUCCUGUGCGCGUGCCCUAGGCGGGAGGCCUGGCCUGGCAGGGGCCUGGGGGCGGCCCUGCUUCCAGCUGGAGGCGCCUCGGUGGUCUCGGGUGCUGGAGGGGCCCCGGGCUCCACCCCCUCCAUCCCACCCGCCAUCCUGGGAGGGAGGACCGGCCUCGAGCCAGGCCCCCUGGAGGUGGGGCCCUCUGAGCCCCCAAAAGGCCGGCUGUCUGGUCGGGAGGGAAGACUGUGUCCCCCACAACCUGCCGCGAGGGGCUCUGCCUCAGGCUGUGGCUCUGGUCCCCGUCCCCCCACCAUCCCCUCUGCGGCCUUGGCCAACUGGGUGGAGCGCACGUGUGAGAACUUCCCCGGGGUCCCCACGCCCCCGCCCGUCACCUCACCCCCCAACUCUCCUCCGAGACAGCAUCUCCGUGUACACACAACAGGGGAACGUGUUCAGGGAGGAGCCCGGAUGCACUUCGUGAGCUGA